AUGAGUGCAAGUUCUUAUGGUUUCCCUAUUCCAUCAUCGCUCUUGCCAAGCGAUGCAUCUCCCGAGUGGAACAACAAAGCAGAUAAUGCAUGGCAACUAACGGCAGCAACCUUAGUGGGCCUUCAGAGCGUUCCUGGGCUUGUGAUCCUGUACGGCAGCAUGGUUAAGAGAAAAUGGGCUGUGAACUCAGCCUUCAUGGCCCUAUACGCCUUUGCUUGUGUCCUCAUUUGUUGGGUUUCAUGGGCCCAUGGCAUGGCAUUUGGGACUGAGCUUAUGCCAUUCGUGGGAAAGCCCAACCACGCUCUGAGUGGGAAGUUUCUGCUUGCGAAGUCAAGUGCUGGGUACUUUCCAAUGGCUGACUUCGUGUUCUAUCAAUUUGCUUUUGCCGCAAUCACUGUAGUGUUGCUUGCAGGGUCUUUGCUGGGGAGAAUGAACUUCUAUGCGUGGAUGUUGUUUGUUCCUUUGUGGCUUACGUUCUCUUACACUGUUGGUGCAUUCAGCAUAUGGGACAAAUAUGGCUUCCUUGAGGGAAAAAUAAUAGAUUAUGCUGGUGGAUUCGUCAUUCAUUUGUCUUCUGGCAUUGCAGGUUUCACAGCUGCUUAUUGGGUUGGUCCAAGAAUUUCAUACGACAGGCAAAACUUUCCACCAAACAACAUAAUUCACGUGCUGGGAGGUGCAGGGUUUUUGUGGAUGGGUUGGACAGGUUUUAACGGUGGAGCUACUUUCCGAGUGGGAGAAAUUGCAUCGUUGGCGAUCUUCAACACCCAUCUAUGUACUGCAACAAGCCUACUGGUUUGGCUUACAUUGGACAUGAUUGUAUAUACCAAGAGCUCAGUCAUAGGAGCCGUACAGGGAAUGAUCACUGGCCUCGUCUGCAUCACACCAGGUGCAGGCUUGGUGGAUUCAUGGGCAGCAGUAUUGAUGGGAGUUUUGUCUGGUUCGAUUCCAUGGUACACUAUGAUGGUGUUACACAAAAAAUCAGCAUUCUUUCAGAGUGUGGACGAUACAUUAGGAGUGUUUCACACUCAUGCCGUGGCUGGUCUUCUUGGGGGUCUUCUUUCUGGCGUGUUUGCAAAACCCAAGCUUCUAAGAAUAAUGUAUAACGAUGAUGAGUAUGGCCCAGGCUUAAUCUAUAGUUUUUCUAAGGGAUUUAGGCAAAUAUGGUACCAGUUACUUGGAGCAGGUUUUAUUAUUGUUUGGAAUGUGGUUGUUACUAGCCUGGUUUGUGUUCUUAUAAGCCACAUUGUGGAUCUUAGGAUGCAAGAAGAGGAGCUUGAGGUUGGUGAUGAUGCUGCUCAUGGGGAAGAAGCAUACGCAUUGUGGGGUGAUGGAGAGAGAAUCAGAGUCCCUCUUCGUCUCCAUAUAAGUCCAACCAUUCCUUCUCUCUGCCGCCGAAGCUUUUCUAUUCCUCUCACCGUCUAG